AUGGCUGGUAGCGUGUGGCCGUUCAUCCCAUUUAUGGCCCUUCGUGGCGCUCAAGUUUUCUUUGCCAUCAUCGUGCUCGGUUUGAGCGGUUAUGUUGGCGACCAGUUGGGAAGCUACUGGUCUCCGUGGUUCUGUCUUGUGACUGCAAUCUUCACACUCAUUGGUUCUGGUGGCCUUAUCGCUGCCUUCUUCCUUGCUCCUGCCUUCACUGCUCCAUUGAUCACCCUCGGAAUCGAUGCUUUCCUUUGGCUAUUCUGGCUCAUUUCCCUCGCCGGAUUUGCAGACCAGGCUAGUCCAGUUCUCAAUCUCGGCUCCUGUGAUUACCUUAUCAACUCCAACAUCUGCGGUUCCAUCAAGGGUAACAUGGCCAUGGUAGUUUUUGAAUUCCUUUUGUUCCUUGGAACUCUCGGUUACUCAGGCUGGUUGUUCUACCGCGAGCGUACCGGCAAGGGAGGUGCUGCAGGUGCGAACCCCGAAGGCGGUCACGCCUCCGCCGGCGCAAUCGCUGGUGCUCCUCCUGUCGCAGCUACGCACGGUACUUACCCGAUGCAACAGCAGCAGCCCCCCGUGUUUAAUCAAGGACCUGUUGAUAAUGCACCUACACCUGUUCCUUUCCCACAGGAAGGACAAUAUCAGUAUCCACCACAAAGUCCACCACCUCAAGGGUAUACACAGAGCCCUCCACCUCAAGGGUAUACACAGAGCCCGCCGCCUCAACAGUAUCCGGAGAUGCCUGUUCCAGCUGGGACACAGGGGUAUCAGCAGCCGUAUCAGCAGCAGCAGUAG